AUGGGAAAAGGUAAGAACAAGACGCACGAACCCAAAAAUGGAAGACCACAUAGAGGCGCCAAUGGGCACAGUUCAAGGCAAAACCACAGGCGCAUGGAAAUGAAAUACGAUAAUUCAGAAGGGAUGAAGUUUCCUGUUAAGCUCGCUAUGUGGGAUUUUGACCAUUGUGAUCCAAAAAGAUGCAGUGGUAAAAAACUUGAAAGAUUGGGUUUAAUUAAAUCAUUAAGAGUGGGACAAAAAUUUCAAGGUAUUGUCGUUUCACCGAACGGCAAAGGCGUUGUUUGUCCCGAUGAUCUAGGGAUUGUCGAACAGCACGGUGCCUCAGUAGUUGAAUGUUCUUGGGCCCGCUUAGAAGAAGUACCUUUCAAUAAAAUAGGCGGUAAGCAUGAAAGGCUGCUGCCGUAUUUAGUGGCCGCUAAUCAAGUCAAUUACGGGAGACCAUGGAGGCUCAAUUGUGUUGAGGCAUUAGCAGCUUGUUUUGCUAUUGUUGGGAGAAUGGAUUGGGCCAGUGAAUUGCUGUCGCAUUUCUCGUGGGGAAUGGGAUUUUUAGAAUUAAACAAAGAAUUGCUUGAAAUCUACCAACACUGCACUGACGCCGCCUCCGUAAAGAAGGCUGAGGAAGAAUGGCUGCAGAAUUUAGAAAGGGAAAUCCAAGAACGAAAAUCCCACACUAAAGAUGAGGAUAUAUGGAUGAUGGGUAACAUAAAUAGAAGAGGCAACGGUUUGCAAUCUGACGAAUCAGAAAGUGAAGAAAGUGAAGAAAGCGAAGAACAAUCUGAAUUGGAAGGCAAAAACCAAUGCAUUGAAUAUGACUCUUUAGGUAAUGCUACUCUUAGGGAUAGCCUGAAGAGUCGAGAAACGCUAUCUGAGGAAUCAGAAGAUGAAGAAAGUGAUUUAGAAGAGAAUGAAGAGCCUGUAAGUUAUGACUCUUUGGGCAAUUUAAUUUGA